GCAGCAAGAAGAAGCAGUCAACACGCGGUUUUAUUUAACUGCAGAUUUGUUAGAUUUUCGUGUAGUUAAAAUAUAUAAUUAUGGUUCAAAACAAACAGAAAACUGCAAAGCCACCAAAACUUUUAAAAAGUGCGGCCAAGGAUGCUGCACUUUCGAAGGCAGAAAACUGGCAAAAGGUCAAAAUCAAGGGCCACGUGAUAUCCGAUGAGUGCGGUGGCUACGAGGGAUUAAUUGGGUUAGAGGUCCUCAAAGAUUACGAUGCAGCGCUGGUAAAGUCCUCACAAAAGAGGCCUAGUUCCCGGAAUGCGGACAGGGAACGUAAGCUGAAGAAGAAAAAGAAGAAGGUUUUAAAGGGCGGCGAUGAGGACUCGAGCGAGAGUUCCAGCGAAUCGGAAAGUGAAGACGAAGUGGCCAUCACAGCCAAGUCCAGUAAAAAAGCUCGCCUAGCCGAGCGUCAUGCCCAAAAAAUGCAGAAGCUGCGUGAGAAGCGGGAAAAGCGUAAAGAGCUUCGCAAACAAAAAAAGUCACAAGGCAAGGAAAAGGACAACAGCGACGACUCCAAUGAUGAGUAUGAGGCAGACCGCUUUGCUUUGCUCAGACCACCACCAUCGGAUGAUGACAAAGAAGAUGCCAAAGCAGACGAUUUGGGGGAUCAGCCAGAAUCCAGUGACGAAGAAGCCCCAGAGCUAGUUUCAAUAAACACAGGUGAAGGGGAGGAUGUGUCCGCCUGGAACGGCCUGGGUGUUCCAAACCCCAUUCUGCGUGCUCUUGGCGAGCAGGGCUUUAAGGCUCCAACCCAAAUUCAGGCCUUGACCCUCCCUGCUGCCAUCCACGGAAAAAAGGAUAUCCUCGGAGCAGCUGAAACAGGCAGCGGAAAGACUCUGGCGUUUGGCAUACCCAUGCUGGCGGGAAUCAUGGAGCUAAAGCAAAGAAAUAUCCCGUCUGGCAUUCGGAAGGCACCCAAGGUAAAAGGGCAGCAACCGGAGCCAGCGGCCGAUGAGCACGAGUUAACACCUCCGCCAGAGGAACUGGAUCACGUAUCCGGAGCCAGCGAUGAAGAGAGCGAUGCCGAGGAGCAUAACCAGCGCAAACAAACCCCCUUGUAUGGUCUGGUUCUCACACCCACUCGAGAGUUGGCAGUACAGGUAAAAAAUCAUCUAGUAGCAGCUGCCAAGUACACGGGCAUUAAAGUAGCAGCAAUCUUCGGAGGAUUAGCGGUAGCUAAACAAGAGCGGGUACUUCGUCAGUGCCCUGAAAUCGUCGUAGCCACACCUGGUCGCCUUUGGGAGCUUUAUGCCCAGGGCAACCGACAUCUUGGCAAGAUCGAGGAUGUCAGCUUCCUGGUCAUCGACGAAACGGAUCGCAUGGUGGAAAAGGGACAUUUUGAAGAGCUGCGUAGUCUGAUGAAGGUGCUCAACUCCGACGAGCAAAAGAAGCAUCAGCGCCAGAAUUUUGUUUACUCGGCCACAUUGACAUUGGUUCAUGAUCUUCCCGAUCACAUGCAAAAACGCAAUGUGGGUAAACGGCCAAAGUUUGUCAAGCAAACGGUGGAUCAGAAAAUUGAAAGCCUUAUCGAGGAGUUGGGCAUCUCACAACCAAAAAUUGUGGAUAUAACCAGCUCUCAGCAAACUGCCCAAACAUUGACCGAGAGCCGUCUUUUGUGCCCCAUCGAUCAUAAGGAUUUCCAUCUAUACUAUUUUAUUCAGCGACAUCCCGGCCGCACCAUUGUCUUCUGCAAUUCCAUUGAUUGUGUCAAACGAUUGGCUACGCUUUUUGGUCUCUUGGACUGUAAUCCUCUGCCUCUUCACGCCAACAUGAUUCAAAAGCAGCGUCUAAAGAAUCUGGAACGCUUCCGAGAUAGUCCCACGGGUCUGCUGAUAGCCACUGAUGUUGCUGCCCGAGGCCUGGAUAUACCGAAUGUGGAGCAUGUGAUCCACUACCAAGUACCACGUACCAGCGAGAACUAUGUCCACAGAUCGGGACGCACAGCCCGAGCGAAUAAGCACGGCAUAACCGUCAUGUUCAUGGAACCUGGAGAAGUCAAAAGCUAUGUGAAGCUUUACAAGACAUUAGAGAGAACUGAGGAUCUGCCACUAUUCCCCAUUUCGGAGCGUUUCAUGGGAGCAGUUAGGGAGCGCGUGAAUCUUGCGAGAGAUCUGGACAAAGAGGAACUAAAGCUUAAGCGCGUUCAGAGCGAGCGGGGCUGGAUGAAGAAGCACGCUGAGGAAAUGGACAUGAUUAUCGAUGGCUACAAUGACGAAUCUGGCAGUGACCAGGAUGAGGAUCCUUUUGUGAUAGAGCGACGGCGAAAUCGCCUACGCGUGGAGACCGUAAGAGCACAGUUAAAUGCUCUUCUGGCCCAGCCCAUCUUCCCCAGGGGAUUCAGCUUUAAGUAUCCCAACAGCGAGGCAGCCCAGUUGGCCACGAGUCACACCCAAAGUGCUGUGGAGACCAUGAAAGCAGCCAUAGAAGACCAGAAGCAGGCCAAAAAGGAUCGCAACAAACGCAAAAGGAAUGCCUAGUACGAACUAAAAAAUACUUUAAUUAAAUAAAGGAUAACAAAAAUUAA